AUGUUUAAGUGCGAUCAGUGUCAAUGUUUUUUCUCGCGAAAAGACAUUUUAGCUAGGCAUUUAAAGCGCCAUAAUAGUAAUGAACCAUUUAAGUGUACUAUUUGUGGAAAUUUAUUUACUAGAAACGAUGCUCUCAAACGACACAUCAAAAGUAUUCACGGUAUUAAUAAACAGCCUGCAGUACCAACAGCAGCACCAGCAGCACCUUUAGUACCAACAAUACCUGAAGCAAUAAAUGGUAAUAUGUUUGAAGACAGUGACGAUGAAUUGUGUGUUCAAUUGUUGAAUGAGGUUGAAAAUACUGAAUUAUGUAAAAAUGACAAUAAUAUAAUGUUCGAGGACAGUGACGAUGAAUUGUGUGUUCAAUUGUUGGAAGAGGUCGAAAAUAGUGAAUUAUGUAAAACUAAUGCCAAACAACAGGACAUGCUUGAAAUAGCCCCCAACAUUUUCGUGGAAAAUAAUCCAGCUGAAACGUCUAACAAAAGUAAGCGUGUACACGUUGGCACCACGGUCGGAACAAAAGAAAAAAGAAAAAAAGCGAAACUAAUAGAACCAGCAACUGAAACUUCACUUUUAGAAUCAAAUUUGUUCAGCAUUUAUAAUAAGAAAAAUAGAUUUAUAAAAAAAUAUAAUGCUUAUAUGAUUGACUAUAGUAUAACAUUAAAACCUGUGCCGGAAAUUUAG